AAAGAAUUGCAAUACUUAUCAACUGUAGAGUCUCACUCACUUUCCUUCAUUUUUUUUUUUGAUAUCCUUCUCUUCUUCCUUUAAAAAAAAAGUUAGAGCUUGCUUUGAUUUUUUCAAAUUUUUUGUUUAAUCUUUGGACUUGGAUUUAAAAUUCUAUUUCAGCAGCAGAAAAAGAGAAAUGGCAUUGAAGUUCGAGUUGGAACAAUGGCAGUAUGGCUGUAGUGCUUUUGAUAAUGAAGACUAUGAUCAAGCACUUCGAAUAUUCAUCUCAAUAGCAGAUAAUGCGAAAAUGCAUUUUAAUAUCGGUUUAAUAUUCGCAGCAGUAGGAGACCACGAGCAUGCGCUGGGAGCAUAUUCAAAGUCAAUCAUGAUGGAUUCCUACUUUGCUGUUGCUUUCUUCCAAAGGGGUGUUUCGCAUUUUAUGAUGAACGAUAUGGAGGCAGCCAUUCAAGAUUUUGAGCAUGCACAUCAGUUACUUCGAGGAAAUCAAAUUAUCAAUUAUCAACAGUUGGGCCUGAGUUUUCGACUUUAUCUUUGCGAAGUGUUAUUCAAUAAGGGCAUAUGCAAAUUAUACCUCGGACAAAUGGAUGCUGGCUUGACCGACUUGUACCAUGCUCAAAAGGCACGAAUGACAGAUGAGCACGACGUUAUUGAUUUGGCAGUAAAGGAAAGAGGCAAAGGAUUUUCAGUAUUUUCAAUACCGCCCACGGUACUAUUCCGACUGCCAGAACAACGAUUGCGACAGUUACAAGGAAUCGAUAUGUUCGCUGUAGCAGACCAGCUUCAAAAUAAACAGCAGUCGCAAGCUCCUACGCCUACAAAAUCAACUUCAAGUUCCUUAGCAUCAACACUUUACAAUAAAAAGAAGCGCAGCAAUAAUUCUGUAUUAAUCAGUGACAAAAAAGCUAUUUCUCCUCCAUUCAUAAUGCAUCCUCAUCAACAGCAUCAGUCCAUGAAUUAUAAUAAUAAUAAUAACAACUCGCCUAUUUUGUCGAAAUAUUCCUCGCUUCAACAACAACAAUUGUACCCUUCUGAAGACUCUACUCCGAGCAGUCAUGGUAUUCAGCAUCAUUCAACGACUAAGAGUAGCAAUAAAGGUCCAAGCCGUCGGGUAGACAGUGGCUUUGAAUCGACUUUAGAAGAUAGAUACAGCUCCUCUUCUUCUUUAGGAACACGUACUUCCUCGGCCAAAAGUUGUUCUUUAUACAGUAGCAAUUUGAACACUAGUCAUCAUCUCUCUUCUUCUUCCUACUCAUCGUCUGCAUGUUCGACACCACCACCAGUACCACCUAUUCCAGCCGCGUCUACGCUAUCACCUACAAAACCUUUAAGCCCAACAAUGUAUUAUGGCGAUUUCGACCAAGAGUUGGAUGAAGUUUAUGGCUCUCUAGAUACCAUGUCUUUAAUACGACAGGAAAAAGAUCGUAUUCGAAACACAUUAGGUGGAAUGAACGGACAGAUACCGCAGUCAUCUACCUCCACUUCCACAGUCAGUUCUGACAGAAGCUAUUCAAGCAGCAACAACGGGCAACAGCAACACCAAGGCGGCGGCAAAAUAAAAAUCAAAAUACAUCAUAUCGAUACAAGGAUUCUGAUGGUUCACAAUACAAUCAAAUUCAACGAAUUAAAAGCUAAAGUCAUCGAAAAAAUUGGGAUUGACACCAAAGUCAAAAACGUACGAUUGCAGUAUAAGGAUGAAGACAAUGAGAUGGUCCUAAUGAUAGACGAUGAUGACUUAUUCAUGGCAAGACAAGUCAUGAAUAACAGCAAUGGCAGCUCCUCAAAUGUAGAGAAAAUGGAGAUUUGGUGUGUAGCUGCUUAGAUUAUUUUCCAACCCACUCUUACUAUACAUAUACUGCUGAUGCUACCAUGGUUGUCAAAUAUACAUAUAAAGACAGUAUCAUUUUAUUUAUUCCUUUUACACGCAACCGUUACCGCUACUUCUAUUUAAAACAUAUUAUUGUAAUAUACUCACUACUCUUACUCUGGCAAACGAGCCAUUAACAUUCACAGUAAUAUGCUAGCUCGACUAUUGUUUAUUGUUCACUGUGUACGAAGCUGACAGGCACGUAGUAGUAGCUGGUCUUCUGCUGUCCUUUAUUAUUUUUAUGCCCUUUUUGCAUAUUGUUCUCCUCAACAUCAUCCUUAUAAUAAAAGCAUACAACAUUCAUAGCCAU